CAUACUGCAAGUAAAAGUGGUGCGUUCGCAAUGCAACCCUGACAGAAACUCGGUAUCGAAACUGCAUGGUCUUCCUGCGCUCCGAGCACUUCACACAUGAACAACAAUACAAGAGAAAGUCUAACAAUGGAGCUUGGAGCCAGCCGCCCGGAGGGAAUAUGUUUCCCCCCUGUUCACCGUCUCCAAUCCUCUCUACGAAUUUGGACAUCAAUCAUUGAAGACACAAACACGAGAUAUCAUAGGAACUCUGCGUACAACAGUUCGUUCGAUAACGAAGACCUCAUGUUCCUCCCCUUUGGUCUUUCCCAAAUCUACCUGCGGAUUUGUUCAUGUCUUCUCCCGCUGCGAGAAGCUCGCAUAUGGACGCAAAUAUCGGAACGUGUCGCAUCGAAAGCUUGGCAUACCGGUAGUAUAAUUGUCCCUCGGCCUCUCCACCUCCAACUCUUUCACGCAAAGCUGGUAUCCCUCCACCACGAAUUACUUCAACCUCGAUACAUGGGGUCUUGGGGUCGAAAAACUCGAAAUGGACAAGCGUAUGUGUGUUCCCUCAGAAUUCACAGCAACACCACAUGAAAUGUUUCCGGAAGUGGUUGAAGCCAGAACGAUAUAGAAAACCACAAGCAAGCUUCCUGAUGGGGAAUCUUCGGAUUCGGAGCUUCGCUCUGGGUGAAAGAAGUUGGGAAGGAUUGGUUGAACGAACCGACCGAUGGGUAAUGAUGAUGAUCUGCAUCAGACUCUGUGUGAAAGACCAGUUCUUGCUACAAGUGCUCGUCGUGAUUGCACUGUGGAAUUAACUUCCCACAGUGACAACGACAUCCUCUGAACUUUGAAGCA